UGGUUGCUUUCUGUUAAUACUGGGUAAGAAUUAUUUAGUUAACUAUUUAUGUUAUCAAUAUAUUUGACUUACAUAUAAUAUCUUACUUUGGUGGUCAACAGAGACCAUUGGAUGCUAGCAAUUAUUGAUGUAUUGCGUGAAACAUGUUAUUGGCUUGACUCAAUUGGAUUACCCCCGCCUAAUAAAAUUAAAUCUCUAAUGGCAAUGACUUUUGAUUACUACAAUGCUUCCAGUAAUAGGCAGCCAAAAAAGUCUGGCAUUACAUGGAAAUCUAUAAAAUGUCCUCAACAAAUAUCGGAUUUUGAGUGUGGAUAUUAUGUAAUGAGAUACAUGCGUGAAUUUUGCAUGAAUUCUAGACCUAUCAAUUGGCUAACCACUCAAUGGAAUGGGAAAAAAACUUAUACAAAACAAGAAAUUGAUGAAAUUCGUUUGGAAUGGGCUGACCAAUUUUUAGAAGAAAUUACAGAAGAUGGAGUGCUUUAAUUGAGUGAUCACAAUAAAAGAAACAUUGUUAUUGUGUUAUGCAAACCUUUCAGUUUAUUAAUUUGUUUUAAGGUAGUAAGUGCUUGUUUUUUUUCCCUAAGAUGCUUUUAUCUAUGUUGGUUUCUUUGAAAUUUUUACUGAAGCUUAUUAGAGGGUCCAUCUAGUAUCUUUGUUUCAACAAAGUUAUAUAUAUCCUAUAUGACUUAUGUAGUUGUUUAUUACAUUAUUUUUCUUUCAAUUUUUUAUAUGGCGUUUAUAAUUUUUUAAAUUUAGUUUAUCUUGCAUGUUCAUUUAUUAUAAAUUUAAUUAUUUCUUUUUACCUUUCUUUAAUAUUAGAACAAAAUAUAAUUUAUAUACAUAUUGUUUUUUAAGAAAAUAUAGAUUAAUUUUUUUAAUUUGGAGCACAAGUACAGAUUUAAUUAUGUUUUUAUGUUUACUAUUCUUACAUAUAUAUUAUAUUAUAUUCUACAUUUAUUAAUUAGUAAUACAUAUAAAACACUUUAACUAGAAAUAUUUAUUUGCUAGUGUAAAAAUAUGAUAUAAUUUAGUAGCAAUAAAUUUAUAAUUGCAAUAAAUUCUAAUAAUAUACACAAAAUGCAUCAACUUUAUAUUUUACGCCAAUAUAAAAUUUUAGCUACAAAAAAUACUA